AUGGCGGCUUUCGGCGCCUUCAGCGGCUAUGAAGACAUCAUUGACAACGUGCCAGACGUCGGCCAGUUUGAUCCUGCUCCAUCUCAUGGCUCAACACCAACUCCCGGGAAUUUACCCACCGUGACCAGGGCGGGCGUCGAUUUCCUCGACCUUGGGAAGCUUUUCGAGAAGCUUUUUGGAGGCACGACGCCAGUGAAUCCAGAUGAUCCAACACCGCCGGCACGUCAUCCCGUGCAAGUCAGGGACAUCUUCAAAAUGUCCCAGGUCAACACUGGCUUCGACUUCUCAACACAUCCGUGCAUCAAAAUGACGGUGGCGUACCUUCAAAAGACGCUCGACUUCCGCUGGAAAAACGGGAACAUGCGGACCCUCGUCUUCCCAGACUACAAACCCGACCUCGCUCCAUCAGAGCUCACAGCAGACGGGUUGGACAAGGACAAGUUCGCCGCCGGCGCCGCGGCCUUGCUCAUCAAGGCCUUUUACAACAAUGUCCGGGAUAGGCAGGAAACCAUCGACAUUGACAAGGCCAACACGGCCGUUUCGGAAUUCAACAACCAUAUCAACAACCAGGCAACAGCCCUCAUGAUCCAGUUCUACCGCACCUUCUUCGGCAUCACUGAGCCCUCGGAAGAUCUCGCGUCCCGGUACCGAAAGCUGCUCGUCUCAGCCGCCUACCGCAACCUGAAGCAAGGACAGGCGGGACAAGGCACCUGGCGCGAUGCCGACCUCGAGAUGUUCUGCCAUUUUGCCAAGUUGGCUGCGUGUGGCGCCUCGGAUAAUACCAUCCGCGAUGUAUACAACGAACUGACCACGACAGCCCCUCAGCUUAGCGGCAGCACGUUUGGUAGCAUCCACCCCGAUACCUGGCGGCAGUACCGCGGCUGGCUCAGCUCAGGCUUUCUUGAUUGGGGUGACCUAGGCGCCACGCAUCUUGAUGAUUAUGACCUCCUGGUUAUUCCCGGUAUGGGACGUUUCCCGAUUUCACGGACGAUCAGCUACUAUCUUGUGGACGAGUUCGCAAAGAACAAGGGGUAUUACAAGCCGCCGCAGUCAUCCUCUUGCUUCUCUAGUAAUGUGAAGGUCGUCAUGGCGGGGCCUGCCGGGGAGAAGCUGAAGAAGAUAUGCAAUGUCGAGCCUGGCGAUGUGGUCCUAUCUCCAGAUGCUACAGGCAGCGGAGGCCCUCCAGGAACCAGACGUGUAGCGUUUGUCAGCGCCCCACGACGCGGUACGAGACCGCUCUACUCACUCCACGACUACCCGGGCUUACAGUUCACGGCCACGCACCCUAUCCUUUUGCCCUCGGCCUCAACAGGCGAGAUGUCUCUCCAGUUUGUGGACAAAGACCGCGCUAGCUCGCUGAAUCCCACUUGGCAAUCACUCUCCAAGAAGAACAUCAUUCCGGACUUGCUCCAGGCCCAUCAGGCAGACAGUGAAGAUGAGGUCGUUUACGAUCUAGUUUUUGAGCCAACCGCCACAAGCGAGGACCAGACCAACAGCAACAACCUACCACUAGCCACCUACGUGGUAGAAGCUGACAACGGGCGGCGACUGACCGUGGCAUCGGAAGCACCCGCGCUAGAGUGGUUCGGGCCCGAGCUCAUGUUCAUCAGUUCUGCGGUGCGGCAAAUCUUGGGGGGUAGCAGUGAUAUCGACGUUGUCGUCGAACUGCUGGGUACCAACCGAGUGUACACACGGCUUGUGCUCGGUGAGGCCGCUGAGAAGAUCACGCUCUCUGACAAUAUCGGUGGCGGUCACUGCGACGAGUCCACGGCAGGAGCAUGGCUCUUGGAAGUCUGCGCCAAGUCGCAGGCUGUGCAGGAUCUGGUGGAAAGGAUGAUACAAUACCUCGGCCGUACUCUCAGCCACGAGGUCAGGACUGGGUGGGCUCGCUGUCUUCCCGUUGGCAACGAAUUUAGCGUUAGCAGCAACAGUGGCGAGGAAAGUCAAGAGGCCUUGUUCAUCAAUGUUGUCCGCUUGCUAGACAGCGAUAAAGCAUGCCUCAGCCGCCCGCCUGCCAUUGGACCUCGUCACCAGCUCAAAGUCUGGAGAAAUGACGUGUUGGUGUUUGAUGACCUCGUCAGCGGUGAAGUCCAAGGUCAGAGCACUUUACAGCUGUACUGCCCUGUCAAUAUAGGAGAAGAAGGGGAUCUGAGUGGUGACUGUCAAACCAUCACCAUCCAGCUCGAGGACGGAACGUCAGGCAGCGUUUGGCGGGGCGGUGGUCCGGUCCGGAAGGGGCUUCACACUAUCAUUGGACUUGGCAGUCUCUCUCGUGGCACAUGUGGGAGUGCCCAGCAUGCCGUGGCAGAGGUGGAGUUGCGCAGCGGUGUCAAUAUUAUCGCUGGUCCAGCUCGGGGUGAGGGCCAAGCUGGAGGCGGCGGUCCAAAGUUGAUGAACUUGGCUUCUUUGUCGCACAAGACUGCCUGGGAGGAGAGCACCAUGGGCGCGUACGCUGGCUGUUUGGGUGCUAGGUUUGGAGAUGCCAUUGCUGAGCUUACGAGGUUCCACUGCGGUGAAACUGGGAAAACAGGUUAG